GAUAUUUGAAGACAGUGAACAUCAAUCUUUGCUAAAUGAGAAACAUCAACUGUAUAAACCAUUACAUGUCCCAUGCAUUCCUCAGAAAUUAGUCCAGUCUGUACAGAGUAUUAGAUUCUCAAUGCAACGAACAGAAACAGGGAGAGAAGAAAAAGAAAAACCUAUGGAACUUUCAGUGGCUACUAGCAGUUCCUCCAGCCUUGCAGAAAAUUCGUUACAGAUGGUUGUUGACACUGCAGAGACUACUAAUCCACAAAUUGCCCAAGUUCCAUCAAUAGCAAGCUUACAGAACCAAAUGCAAUUCAGAUUGGUAAUUCCUCCAAAACAGACGACUUCUAAUCAACAGUUUGAGAGUGAAAAUGCAGUAAUAGCAAACCAAGAGACCAAAUGUAGUGAUAAAGAAGCAGAAGAUGAGCCAAAGGAUUCUUUGUAUAUGCCUCAAGACAUUCACACAUGUUUUAAGUCAAAUGAAGAUAAUCUUGACACAGCAGAAGAAAGUGCAGAACAUUUUCUAAGAGUACCUGAAACACCUGAGUUUGUAGGAACGCCUGACUCAAAGGGGAAGAAAACCCAGUUCUCUAAAACACCUCCAUUUGACUUCAUUCACAGUUUAGGUUGUGAAGAAGGAACAUCAAAAUCUCCUGCUUUCUUUUCUCUCAUGAACUUCUCCCAGAAGUCACCUGGCUUUAAUUUAUUUGAUUCUUCCGUGUUUGGGGCAGAAAAUUCAUCUGAUGAGACAGAGGAAAAUUAUUCUGUGGGAAACUUGAAUUCUUUGUCCCCACACAAAGAUAUAGGAAGCUUGUUUGGGAAAUCAGAAAGUGAGGAUGCAUUUGCCUUUCCCUUCCCCUCGGAAUCGACUUCUAAUGCAUUUGGAGAUGGAAAAGAUGACUUCAGUUUUCCAUUUGCAUUUGGACAGGAUCAGAGAUCAUCACAGUCUCCGUCUGUGAAAGGUUUUCAUUCUUCUUUACAAAAUACAAAGCCAUUUACAUUCUUUUGAAUACCUUUGACUUCCUUUUAAAUUAUUUUCCUACUUAUCCUUGACAAAUGUUUUCAGUUUCUUAAGUUUAAGUACAAAGCAUUUAAUCUUCUCCAUUCAUUUCAUAUAAGAAUACAUUAUUGCAAUUGCUGCAAGAGCAUGUGUAUGUUCAUCAAGCACACAUGCUUUGAGAUGCAGCUUUUAUUUUUCUUAUUUAUUUUCUAAAUAGGUUGUUUUCAUAAAGUGUUGUGAUAUGCUUUUGCU